UCCAUUUCCCAAUUCUCGCAGGCCUCUCGCUCACCAACCUUCCCAGUCCCUCGCCGGCGGGACCUUGGCGCCGCCCUGCCCGAGCCACCAGCAAGCACCACAGUGCACCGUCUCCUCGCAUCCUCCAUCUCGCGUAAGCACAGAAGGCGGAGCUACUGUUUACCGAGUUACGGUGGAGGGCAACAAACCCUAGCUAGGCCUUCCCGGGAGGGUAUGGAGGCGGCCGCCUCCAGCCUCUCGUCGCUGCUCUCCACCCUCCGCGUGGACGGUCCCUGGACGCCGCCGGGAACCUGGGAGUCGGUCACCCCCGAGAGCGGCGCCGCUCGUGCCUCGGGCCCCGGAGGGCGCCCCCGUCAGGAGUCGAUCUACGAGCUCGCAUCGGUUAGUGAUAAUGCUUUGGUUCGUUUGGCUUUACAUGCGCUGUAUGGUGUCAAAUCAUCGUUAGAUGAGAUCGAUGAGCUUUUUGUGCUGUUCUCCUCGAAUCCGGCAGACAGGACCUCUAAUCGUGUCGCAAAUGUCUGGUCACGUUCAUCCAGCACUAUGUCUGUGGGGCAUAUUCUCAAAUCUAUACGCGCUACAGGUCUUGCGGUAUUUUUCCUUUGCAAGUUUGUGCACUUUUACCUUAUCCAAAAUCGAGAAAGGAAUUGCGCAGGUAGAGAAAGACAUGAAUGUGAAGAUUCUGAUGAUAGAGACACUGAGCAGCAUCAGCCUUUCAGUCUAGUAAACCAAGCAUUUGCCGCAGCAGUUGAAAAGGUCCUCGAGGGCUAUUUCUGUUCCUUGAAUACUUUACCCGCAUCAGUUAAGCUGAGGCGUGCAGCGGACCAAUCUGGUAUGCCUUCCAAGAUUUCAGAUGGAGCGAGUUGUAAUUCCACUUCAGAAGUCACUCUUCUGGAAGUUUAUCUACACACAGAGGAAUUAAGAAGGCAUGUUAAGUCCCUUGGAAAUAUUUGUUUCCCUAAGUUUGCAGGUCUUACGUUGUGCCAGGAGGGUUUGAAUACUGAAGCAAAUGUUGAGUUUGAGAAUUUCCCACGGGGCAGCGAUUUGCUUUCCUAUUUGUAUGUCCAUCUUCGUGAUGCUGAUCCAGUUCACUAUGGACUUCUGAAACAUCUUUUCAUUCGCUCUUGUGAGCCAUACUUUAACUUCAUUAAGUCAUGGAUUUACCGAGCUUCUGUCGAUGACCCUUAUGAGGAAUUUCUUAUUACACAAACUGAGAAUAAGGAGACUCGAGGAGACUCUUCUGACAUACUAGAUGAGUUCACCCUCUUUCCCUUGAAGCAGGGAAGAAAUCAUGUAUCUGCCCCAUGUUUUCUAAAGGAGAUAUGUCAUCCUCUCUUGCGUACUGGGCAGCAGCUUCAAGUGCUCAUGAGGCUUCUAAAAUCAUGCCAUUUAUCUGCUACCGGAGGAGAUGCUUAUCCCUCCCACAAUAUUAUUCAUAUGGAGGGAGUUCUCCCAUGGUUUUAUAUGCCAACUGAGUCCUCAAUGAAUUCAUUUACAUUCUCAAAAGGUAGCGUGGAGGCAGUAACAUGCAAAAGGGAUGCUAUGUACCAGUUGAUGAUGGGGAAACUCCAACAUUUUUUCUCAAAUGUUGAGGUGAUUCCUUUUGAUACUGCAUCGAACUUCCUACAUAAGAAGACGGACCAUCUGGCUACAUCAAUUUCAGAUGCUGAGCUGUGCUAUUAUGGAGACAGUGAUACUGCACUAGCUUGCAAUAUGGGUGCAGAUGAGAAAAAUAAUGAUGCACCUCCAACUUCACAAGAAUCUUCAGAUAAAGAGGAUCUGUUGGAAUCUUCAGAUAAAGAGGAUCUGUUGGAAUCUUCAGAAUGCUCUUCUUAUACAUCUAUGGAUGAUGUUGAAGUUGAGAGUGCUACAGCUUGCGACAAUUUGUCUGGUUCCACAUCAUACUGUACAAGUACAGGUGAAGCAAAAUGUUCCUUGGUAACCAGAAAGCUGCUUUCUUCCGAUGCCGAUUCAGUUCACCAUGGGAUAAAUUGUGUCAGCCCUAUUGAUGAAUGCGAGGAAUGUGGCAAGUUGAAUUGCAGACAUGUUCCUAUGCACUCACAGAAUACUAAGCAUAAUGUGGUGCCUGAUGCUUUAGACCUGGAUUAUCAGUAUAGCCAGUUUUCACCAUUUGACAGGUUUAUGAAGAGAACCAGUUGCUCGUCUGAAAAAAUGAAUUCGGUUGAGGAGUUCUUAUAUACCAAUCACAAAAAUUCAUUAGAGAAAGCAUCACAUGGUAAUGUAGUUUAUCCAUUACAUUCUGGUUCAGGGCCUUCUAGACUACUGAACAGUAAAAACUAUGAGAAGUUUGGUAAGAUAAAUCAAGCAUGGAAUACUAGUAUUCCUUACAAUCUUAGUUUCAACCCCAUACUGAAGAAUGCAGCUUGUUGUCAUACGGAGAGCGACUUGCAACAUAAAAGCAAGAACAGGGCACUUGGCAGCUUUGAUUUCGAGUCAGUCACAGAUCCAUGUGAAGUAUAUUGUGGACGGAACCCGUCCUGCCCAGUUGAGUCUGUAAAUGGAGCAGCAACAGUUGUACAGCCCAGUACACAGCCUUCUCAACAGCCUGAUUGUUCUAGAAAGAUCCUUCAAGCUGAGGCAAGAAGUCAGGCAUACCCUACUUCUUCAGAAGAAAUGGCAGCAAGAGAUAAUAUUCAGGAAAAUGCUUCCGGUGGGGCAUUCUGGGAGAAGUUAUUACAAUAUAAUGAUAAAUCAAAAGAAAAAACAGCUGUGGAUUUUAAUCCACAGUUUGAUAUGCCCCUUGAUAUAGUUAUUGACAAGUGCAUUAUACAAGAAGUUUUGCUUCAAUAUAAAUAUGUUAGCAGCUUCACAAUAAAGUUGCUUGAGGAGGGUUUUGAUCUUUAUGCACAUCUGCUAGCUCUGCGGCGAUAUCAUUUCAUGGAAUUAGCUGACUGGGCAGAUUCCUUUAUUUGUUCAAUUUAUCAUAAGAAAUGGUCAUUUGUUAAGUCUGACCAGAAAAGAGCGGAGAUCCAAGGGAUUAUGGACUUGGCUUUGCAAAGGUCUUCAUGUGAUUCUGAUCCUUAUAAGGAAAGAUUGUUUAUAUACAUGAGAGAGCAACCCACUGUUUCUUUUGAUGCCUCUGCAUGUGCCUAUUCUUUACUGCCAGGUCUUGAUUUGCUGGAUGAAAUCUUGUUGGGUUAUAAAGCUGAAUGGCCAGUGAAUAUUGUCAUUACAGAAGACACACUUAAAAUAUAUUCUGAAAUAUUCUGUUAUCUUCUUCAAGUCAGGUUUGCAGUGUUUUCACUAACCGAAGUAUGGAGAUUUCUAAAGGAGUUAACACAGUUCGUCGGUCGCUCCAACCAUAGUACACCUGAUGUCUUCAAGAAAUUGAACUUUGUAAUGAGAGUGAGGCAUAAAGUUUAUCACUUUCUAUCAACACUACAGCAGUAUCUCCAUUGUCAUUUAUCUGAUAUAUCAUGGCGUCGAUUUCAACAUUCCCUUAAAAAUCAGGUGAGAGAUAUACUGGAUCUGGAGUAUGUGCAUAUGUGUUAUAUUACCGAUGCACUUGACAUAUGUUUCUUAUCUGAUGAGUCAAAGCAAGUUGCCACGAUAAUAAAAAGCAUGCUGCAGCUGGCUUUGGAGUUACGAUCAUGUUUUCAGAGUCUUGGUGACACUAGUGAUUUAUCAGUAAAUCAACUCAGUAAUCUGCACUCUCUUAUAAACUUCUCUCAGGUGGAUGCAAUUGGAACAAGGUUUGACAGUAACAUCAAAGAUUUGUAUAUUUUGCAUUCAAAGUCUUCGAAAUAUGGGGAGCUUGGUCUUUCCCUUUUCUGGGGGUAUCUGAAUUACAAUGAGUACCAUUCUACAAAAAACAGUAAGGAUAUGGGCAGCUUCUGUUUUUGAUAGGACAUCUUAAGUUUGAAAUAAGUUUUGCCUUUAUCUUUGAGGAAUAGCUCCUUUUACAACCAUCGGUAAGGCCAUUGUGAUGCAUGACUCUGUUUGGGAUCUUCUGGAAUCAGCUCAGCUUUUUCAGCCGUCCAUGGCAUAAGUUAUAGCUUGUUUGUGCUGGUUGUUAUGCCCCUCACGCAUCUUCAAUUCAGAGGUACACACUGCUGAGGGUUCUCCUUUUAGAUAAAGAUGCUGCUUUGUAUUUCACGUAUGUGCGGGUGUCCCUUAUAUUCCAUUCAGCGAGGUAAAGAGACCCGCGCUCCAGACACGAUGUUGUAGUUGGAGAUUGAUUGAUGGGUUGAGAAACUAUAAGAUUGGAAAUGUAUUUACAAUCUAAGGGGGAGUCGUGUAGCUUGAUUAUCAGACAUGGUAAUGCUGUUUCUGUGGAUUUAGGUGGGGGAGUGAAUGUAUAUAACAUUUAGUUCUUGGAAGGUUGGUAAUUCUCUAUAGUUGAUUCUUGCCAGGUUACUCUUGAUAAAUGGAAGGUGUGAUUGGUUGCUCUA